UGUCACUUCAGUACCACACCACACCAUACAGAAAAUAUAGAAAGACGAGUAGAGCCUGCACACUAUCUGGUUUACAAGAAGGGUUACUUAAUGUUGUAACUCAAUAUCAAAACUAUUACUUGAGUGUUGUUUUGCAGAGCAAUGUACAGUCCCGGGGUGAGAGUGGGCAACUGGAUGGAAGCUGCCCUGACAGAGGAGAUGCGUGUCAAGGAAAUGAAGCAGCUCCGGGAAAGUGGCAACCUUUUGCUGGACAGGACUCGUGCCCUCUACGAGCGCUUCUACCAGGAAACCGUGCUAGGACCCCCGCAGGAUGUACUCGCCUUUGGGGUGGUGGUGCAGCUCCGUCCCGUGAGGAUCAAUGUGUGCCGCGAGCAGGUCGUGGACCAGAACCUGGUCCUCUCGGUGAUGAUCAACCAGGAGUGGCUGCACCGCAACUGCACCGCCAUAAACGAGAUGUGCGACCUCACGGUGGCACCAUCGCAACAUCCUUCGCUGCGCAAUAGCUUCAGGAUCGUGAGUCCGGACGAGAAGGACAGGAGUGGCCAGUACUUGGCCUACGGAGAGAAGUUCCGCCUCCAGACUCUGGAACCCGCCGAUGAGCCCAUGUUUGUGUAUAGCGGACCCAAGAGGCUGAACCUCUCGCUUCCCGUGGACAAGCACUACUUCACCACCAAGAACGGGGAGGUUACGCUGCCACUGGCAUUGAUCUCCCACAAGAACUGCGGUCCUGCUGCCAUGGUGCCCACUUCGCACACUCACUUCUUUUGUGCCCACGAAGAUCCCGCUCUACGAUUCGAAAGCGAGGGCAAAACCAUUCCCGUAAACAAGCCCUUGAUCAUAGUUCACGCGGUAACCAACCGAAAUUUGGCUGUGGAGAAUGUGGUGGCAAACACCCUUUUCGGCCCAGAGUUCCAGGUGUCCGUGCAGACCUACAAGAAUGUGUACAAGCGGGAGACCUGGAAGAACCACUGGAAGUUUACAUAUUGAUAUAGCUCGUACCACCUCGUGGUGUGUUCUCCAGUUUUGUAUUUCGUAUUAUUCAUACACGUACAAAUAGAUCGUACCUGCCGCGGCAUCCAAACGAUCCAAUCAAAUGAGCUGUUGCGAGUUCGCCUGUUUGUUAGGCAUGUCAAAAUAAAAGACGAGACGAGAAGUCGUCGUAAAUUC